UUAUGAAGAAAGAUCUGCGUUCGCAUUGGAGUUUAAGGAAGACGAUGGCUGGCAAUGGGAUGUUAUACCCAAUUCUUGGAUUUGCUUCGUGUAUGGCUUUUAUUUAUAUGUCUUUUGGUGAUUUGAAGCUUAGUAGGUUCCCUAGGGAACGAGGAUUAAGUUUUGUGGAAAGGAAUGGGACUCAUUUCUUUUUAGAUGGGAAACCAUUGUACGUUAAUGGCUGGAAUUCUUACUGGUUAAUGUCCCAUUCUGUGGAGGAAAAUACUAGACCUAAGGUCAGUGCAAUGCUUCAAGCUGGUGCAAGGAUGGGUCUCACUGUUUGUAGAACCUGGGCCUUUAAUGACGGUGGCUAUAAUGCUCUCCAGAUUUCCCCAGGGCAAUUCGAUGAGCGAGUUUUCAAGGCCUUGGAUUAUGUCAUUGCAGAAACAAGGCAGCAUGGAGUCAGGCUGCUUCUGAGCUUUGUAAAUAAUUUGCAGCCAUAUGGUGGAAAGACGCAGUAUGUCGACUGGGUGUGGAAAGAAGGCAUUGGUUUGAGCUCUUCUAAUGAUUCCUUCUUCUAUGAUCCAUCAAUCCGCAAAUAUUUCAAGAAUUACGUCCUGCCCUGUAAACAACAAGUACCAGGCGUCUCGCUUGUUGAUGACAAACAAAAAAGUUACAACAAUUUGAUUGUGAAAGAGAACUGA